UCAGAGAGGAGUCGCUAUAAAGCUGCAGUGUGUCUGGGGCUGCUGUGUGUUCUCCUGCUGGCUGGGAUCACAGCACUGGGAGUCUUCUAUGCUGUGGAGAGAGACCAGCUACAGACCAGUUAUACCAUCCUGGCCAGAGAGAGAGACCAGCUACAGACCAGUAACACCAUCCUGGCCAGAGAGAGAGACCAGUUACAGACCAGUAACACCAUCCUGACCAGAGAGAGAGACCAGUUACAGACCAGUAACACCAUCCUGGCCAGAGAGAGAGACCAGUUACAGACCAGUAACACCAUCCUGACCAGAGAGAGAGAUGACCUUAAGAGGAGGCUAUGUGAGGUCACUUCCUGUCCUGCUGGCUGGCUGAAGUUUGGUUGUAGCUGUUACUACGUCUCUACUGAGAGGAAGAACUGGACUGACAGCAGACAGGACUGUAGAGAGAGAGGAGCAGACCUGGUGAUCAUAAACAGCCGAGAGGAACAGGUAUUCCUUAAUAACCUCAAAAAGACAGUGUGGAUCGGUCUGACCGACACAGUAACAGAAGGGACCUGGAUCUGGGUGGAUGGAACACCACUGAAUUCACCAAAGUAAGAAACAUCUCUUUCUGUAGUCUCUAGACUCAUAACAAAUGGAUAAGAGCAUCUGCUGAAUGACUAAAUGUAAACAAAACUUUUCUAACUUCAAUGCUUUAAGAUUGUUCCGUUUUUUGUGAAUGAGUUUGCAUGGUACGUUAGAACCAAUAGGCUAAUAAGAACCAAUUGCCUAAUAAGUUAACCAAUGCCAAUCAUAUCUAGUAUUUAUAUACAGAUCUAACUCAACAUGUUCAGGAGGACUUUUCAUACUGUAUGACCCAGAAGUGGACCUCAGUGUGUGACUGUCUGGGUGUGUUGAUGUUUAACCCUGUAGGUUCUGGAGACCUGGUAUGCCUGAUGA